CAUAAAAUAUUUAGGUAUAACCGUUCAUGUAUUAAAAUUUUAUUCCGAUCAUACUUGUUUUCCUUCAACAUAUAUUGUGUAUGUACUGUUAGAGUGACACCUGAAUUUUAAUCAAGUUAUUAUUUUAGGAUGGUUUUGCUUCAAUAGUACAAAUACUUACCUAUCCUGGUUGGUUAUUUUGAUUUGUUUUGCUUGGCUUUUCAUGAUUUCAUCUAUUGUCGUCUUUGACCCCUGGGAAACUGUUGAUCUUCUUUGCCCUGUCUUUUGUUGUUUCUUUCCCUUUCCGUUGGAUGUUUUGCCCUCCAUGUUAUAUAAAAUGCUUACCAGUUCCUUUGGAUAGUGUUUAAUUUCUUCAUCCAUCAAAGAUAUGUAUUUCCUGUUAAACACAGGUUCGUGUCGGGAUCAUUUUUAAAUGGCACAUAAAUCAUCAGUUAUUGGUUCUAUUUAGUAGUAUACAGGAAAUAUACUUUAGAAUGUGUUUUGCAGAUGAUUGGUAUGAUAGAAUCUAAAACAGUAAAUAUAUUAAUGAUCAGCAAUUGUUCUUAUAAAGCAAGGUCUAUACUCUCUAGGCCAAUUUUCCCACAUCGACAUUUUGUUGUCGGGACAUUCCCGUAAACCACAAGUAGUCUAUUUUGAUCUAUAUUGCUGUUACAUUUGUAAUUGGAUUAUGUAUAGGCUUGUUGGACAUUCUCUUUUUUGCCAUGUUCUUGUUCCCGUAAGGUUUAGUAAUCAAUGAAUGGUAAUUGCCAACUUCCAUUCAACGGAAUUUAUGAAAUCGUCACAAUAUCAGCUAAAAAAUUGGUGGAUUAGUUGCAAUUGUGCGUGAUGUUCUAUAUGAUCUUGCGGUUUUGCAAAUGCUAGUAACAGUCAUGCGCAAUAUGAUACCUUCGGAGUUAUUAAAGAAUUUGUUAUUUUGAAGUAAUAAUUAUUAUUUUUGGACUUGAAAUGGAUAUUUAUCCUUUUAUUUUUUGGAUAUUCUUUUUAUUUUUGGACUGGAAGUGGAUAUCUAUCUUCAUACCAAUUGGUCUUGUUCUAUCAUAUUUAUAUUAAGGGAUCCAUGUCUUCAGUGUGAUAAUAUUAUGUGUAACAUCGCAAAAAUAAAUUUGGAUCUCGGUAUAAUAUCACUUAAUUUCAUUAGUCGGCAAGAACCUACCUAAAGGAGUAAAAUAUUAUUGGCUUUAAGGUUCAUAAAGUAAUCUGUGAUGACUACUAGGCAAAUUUCAAAAAGAAAACAGAUGCAUGAGUUGAGUUUAUUGUAGUAGCAAUUCUGCAGCCGGCGAAGGGCGAUUGACGAAUCUUAAUUAUAUUCUGUAAGUUUUAACAUGUACCCUUAAUACAAGAAAAAUGUGUUUUAUAUGAACAACUUAAAUAUGGGAAAUGGAGGAGGGGAAAAAAGAGUGAUAUGGCGUGUAAGGCGGCAUGUUGUAAUUGGUAACUGGCAUUGAUCCACGUGUCUGUGUCCUGUAACUCACACUAACAGAAACAGAAACAGAAAACAGAUCCCUGAAUUCUGACAUACUCUUCAUCCACCAUGGCUUCUCGCCGUCGCAUGUUACUUAAGGUCAUUAUCCUCGGAGACAGCGGGGUUGGCAAAACAUCUCUCAUGAAUCAGUAUGUGAAUCGUAAGUUUAGUAAUCAGUACAAGGCUACCAUUGGUGCUGAUUUUCUCACCAAGGAAAUUCAAUUCCAAGAUAGGAUGUUCACUUUGCAGAUCUGGGAUACUGCUGGUCAAGAAAGGUUUCAGAGUCUUGGUGUGGCUUUCUACCGUGGCGCAGAUUGUUGUGUCCUUGUUUAUGAUGUAAAUGUUGUCAAAUCUUUUGACAAUCUUAGCCAUUGGCGAGAAGAAUUCCUUAUUCAGGCUAGUCCAUCUGACCCCGAAAACUUCCCAUUUGUGCUAUUGGGAAACAAAAUUGAUGUUGAUGGUGGGAAUAGCAGAGUUGUUUCUGAGAAGAAAGCUAAGGCAUGGUGUGCUUCCAAAGGAAGCAUACCAUACUUUGAGACCUCUGCAAAAGAGGGAUUCAAUGUUGAAGCUGCUUUCCAGUGUAUAGCAAAAAAUGCACUCAAGAAUGAACCUGAAGAAGAAGUAUACAUGCCUGACACAAUUGAAGUGGGUGGUGGUGGACGGCAGUACAGGUCCACAGGCUGUGAAUGUUGAUGACUUAGUGUUCUUUCGAUCAAACUUCAAUUAUUGCAAAUCUUUUGUUUUGUAUCUCAUUAGUGGGUUAAUUAGAUGUCCUCUUGUUAAUUCUUCUAAUUCAAUGUAUCUUGUAAUAUUUGGACCAUAAUUUAAUUCUUCUGUUUAGUUUGCUUAAAAGUAAAACAAAACAUUGCUCAAUUAUGUACCCAAGCUCUAUUCUUCGUCUAAUCUUGGAGUAAUCAUGUUCGUGCCA